AUGACUCACUUAAUCGAAGACAUAAAUAUAAAUGGGAUUGACUAUACAAUAGUAAUCACCUUCAAUUCCAAAACUCAUAGCAAAGCACCAAUGUCAAUAUACAUCAACCAACAAGGCAAUCAAGAAAUGGGUGAUUACAUAUAUACAAUUUCUUCUUAUUCGACAUACUUGAACAAUCUGACAAAUAACGAUCAAAUCAAACUGCUUAAUCAACUAUUAGUGAAGAAAUUCAAUGUGCCGAUAUUUCUAAAUAUCAGUGGGGAUAUAGGGACAACUUCCAAUGUGGAAUUGUUUCGAUCCAUUGUGGAUUUAGUAGAACACCUGAAACUGAAUUAA